AGGGCACAUUCCCCCGCAGUGCAGAACAUGUGCUGCUGGCUUCGGGUAUCUCCUCGGCACACGGACACGGCUCACGAUCUACGACCUCAAUACCCUAGAAGUCCUUAAUGUCGCGCUUCGCGCAUCUCCUUAUUCAUAUCGCGGUAUUCUACCGCGAGCCAUGAGCAUGCACGAGUCACGCUCUCUUCUCCGCAACGCCCUUGCUGGCGUCGACGCAGCGCGCCGAGCAGAGCUGGUGGAGUGGGCGGACCAGGGCUCGGGGAACUGGGAAUCGGAUGCGCAAGAUGCGGGCGUACGUGAAUCGUCAGCGCAAUCGGCGGCAGCGCAGUCGGGAGCGCAAUCCGUGUCGCGGGUUCCGCACGACAUUGGCGGCAGUAGGCUUCGCCCCGCAACAUGCGAGAGCGCCAGCACCGGCGACAGGCGGCAGUGGGCGGGCGGGGGAAUAGGGAAGAGCGCAUCCGCGCUUGACGCGCACGAUGUAGUAGUCGCCACGCGGAGCUUCUCCCCCCCGGACAUAGACUCGAUCCGCCAGGCGGAAGACUCAUUCCCCCACAUUGCCCCCCCGCGCUCACCCCGCGCAACCCGCGGACUGGGGGAGAGGAGCAUGACUGAGCGGGCGUUGCGGGGAAGGGGCGCGCCGGCGGCCGCGCUAAGUAGUAGCAUGCAACGGUCUGCUACUCUUGCGCGGUACCUACAGGACCGGAGCUUUCGAGAGCACGUACGGCAGCGAAUAGGCACGUGGUCGCUGAGCAUGCCUGUGAGACGCUUGAUGCCUCUCCCGUUCAGCCUCAGGCAAGUGGCCGCUGCUGCUGCCGCAGCCACAGCAACAGGCGUUCAGCAGCAGCAGCAGCAGCAGCAGCAGCAGCAGCAGCAGCAGCAGCAGCAGCAGCAGCAGCAGCAGCAGCAGCAGCAGCAGCAGCAGCAGCAGCAGCAGCAGCAGCAGCAGCAGCAGCAGCAGCAGCAGCAGCAGCAGCAGCAGCAGCAGCAUCAGAUGGAGUUAUUGCAGGAUGCUUUGAGUGCAGCACGUGCAGACGCGGCAGCACCGGUGCGAGGAAGAGGAGGAGGAGGGUCAGUAGAGAAAGCACCGUGGGAAGGAGGGCCAAGCCGGCUCUUUGGAUCUGAAGUGGGAGCAGUGGUGGGCGGUGGGGGAGGAGGAGGGCAAGGAGGAGCAAGAAGGGGAACAAGUGGCGGUGGAGAAACGGAUUCAUUCUUGCUUCCUUCCUCUUUUACUGGGGAUAGUAUGGCAAUGCGGCACCAGCGGCCAUGUGACCCUGUAACUCGCCCCGUGCCUCCCAAUUCAGCGAGGCUUGGUGACCGGACCUUAUCUGGGCGAAGGUAUACGCUGCCUGAGAGUGCAGCCGCUGCCACUGCCACUGCUGGUGCUGCUGCUGCUGGCGCUGGUGUUGCUGCUGCUGCUGCUGCUGCUGGCGCUGGUGCAGCUGGUACUGCAGGCAGAGGAGGGGAAGCAGGGUUGGGCGGAGGAGGGCGAGGCGAGGCGGAUCCUGUGUCUGUGAAGAUGGCAGUGAUGAUGGAACGGCUGAUGGCAGGCCGAGGGCUGCCUCGGGUCGAUGGAGGGGUUGCGGUGCUAGCAGGAGGGGGAGGAGGUGGUGGCGGCGGCGGCGGCGGUGCUGCUGCAGCUGCAGCUGCAGCAGCAGCAGCAGCAGCAUCAGGUGCAUUGUCAGAUCGGGCGUUUGCUUCGUCCUCGUCCAGGCGUGUCGCUGCGAUGGAGGGGCCUUCGUCAGCGUCGUCAUCGGUAUCAUCAGCAGCAUCGGCAGCUGCAGAUGCGGCGGGAGCAGCCCAGCCAUCCGUGUUGGACCGUGCUGCUUCCAGCAGGCGAUAUGGGCAGGUGCAUGCACUGGGCCCUCCUGGCCUAGGCGCCAGUGACGUGGCAGCAGCAGCAGCAGCAGCAGCAGCAGCAGGAGCAGGAUCAGGAGCAGAGGGUGGCAGGAUGCUGCAGAAGCCGUUUGAGCGAUCUGUCUCCGCGCGGCGGUUCACAGAGUUGGACGAGUCACUGAGGGGGGCAGGCAGCAGGCAGAGUGCAGGGUUGUUGAAUGGCAAUAGGACACUGAAUGGCACCGGGCCGUUGAAUGGCAACGGGCUGUACUGGAUGGACCUCACCAGACGCAUCACAGAUGAGCGGGUGGAAAGGCGGGGUGAUGGUUCUGGUGCUGGUCCUGGUGCUGGUCCUGGUGCUGGUCCUGGUGCUGGUGGGGAGUUGCCGUCUCUGCGUGUCUUGCUAUCGCCGAGAUCACAGCAGCAUCAGAAUCCUGGAGAUCCUGGCCAUUCGUUCCGUUCUAGUCGCCAGUACGAUCAGCAGCACCAGCAGGGAUUGCACUACCAGCGUCUCGAUUUCCCCCAUGCCCCUCAGCAGCAGCAGCAGCAGCAGAUGGGACAGCAGAUGCGGCAGCAGAUGCAGCAGCAGAUGCAGCUUUGGCAACUCCAGCAGCAGAAGCAGCAGCAGCAGCAGCAGAGGCGGCCCACUCCCCUGCCCGGACCCGUCCCUGGCUCCACACCGGGACGCCUGUCCCGCGCUCGCACGCUGUCCAAGGCAAAGAGCGAGCCCCGAGGCCACCUCAACGACGUCCCUGUGCCACUCUACCCCUCCAUGACCCCUCCCUCCGUUGCCCUCCCUCCCCUCCCCGCCUCUCGCUUCACCUCCCACCUUCCCGCCAGCUGCUCUGCCUCGGGUGUGAGGCCUGCAGGCCGGAUGGACAUGAGGAACAACAGCGGCAUUAACAGUCUCGGUAUGAGUGUCAGUACGAGUGAGGCCCCCCAUGCUGUGGCACUAGCAGGUGAGGGGCCCAUGCCAUUGCCAGCCCCUGCUGCUGGCUCCGCUAUCCAGCUCAGUCGCCGCAAUUCUGGAUUUGUGGUGCCGCAGAUCGCCAUUCCUGGCUCCAACAGCAACGACGCUGAUUCCCCUUCCGCCCUUGUGGUCCCGCUCCCCCACUCUGGUCCCGCUGAUGCUGCUGCUGCUGGUGCGGCCGCUUCUGCCGCUGCUGCUGCUGCUGCUGCUGCUGCUGCUGCUGCUGCUGUUAGCAUCGCUGCUACUUCGUCUUCUUCUUCCUCUUCUUCGUCGACUGCUGCUGCUGCUGCCAGUGUGGCAGCAGCAGGGAUGGGACGAGCAUCACGCACAGCAGCGGCAGGAGCAAAGGCAGGCAUGCACGGCCGCAGCAGCGCCAGUGCGAGGGGUGGACCAGGAGUGGCAGCAGCAGGCUUGGGCGCAGCAGCAGGUGCCGGCUUGGGGCCAGCAGCAGCAGUAGCAGGAGUAGCAGGAGGAGGUAUGGGGCGGGCGGGUGCAGGCAGGUCUGCGCUCUCUGCCUCUCGCUCCCUGCGCAAGUCGCAGAGUGCCCCUCGCAGUGCCAUGGAUGCGGAUGCCGACGCUGCUCUCCUGCUCGCCUCCUCUGGCAACCUCCCCUGGACCCACAGUCCUCUGGCGUUCAAGCCUGCUGCUGCUGCUGCUGGUGAUGCUGCUCCUGGUGGAGCAACUGCAGCGGCAGCCGCCGCAGCAGCAGCGGCAGUACAACGAUCUGCCAUGCAGGAACAGAGACAGCAACAGCAGCAGCAGCAGCAGCAGCAGCAAGUCCAGCAGAGCAGCUCGUCUCUUCCCCGUCCCCGCCCUGCCCUGCGCAUCACUGUGCCCUCCUCUGCCUCCGAACUCCCUCUUGCUGGUGCCACUGCAGUGGUUCCCUUUGCCAGAGUGCGAGUGUCUCAAAUGUCCCCCAGACUGCCCUCUGCUGGCCUGCCCCCUCUCUCCCCUGGCCCGAACUCCGCCCGACGCCUCUUCCUCUCCCAUUCCUUCUCCUCGUCUGCUGCUGCUGCGGCUGCUGCUGCUGGUGAUGGUGCUGAUGCUGGUGGUGGUUCGUCGGCCACUGCAGUUGGGGGGAACACAAGGGAACCAGGUGUAUCUGGCACGGCUGCAUCUGGUGCAGGCACAGCUGCAAUGGGCAUGAGGAGAGCAGAUGGAAAGGCGGCUCUGAGGGAGAGGCGCGGCCUCCCUGGGGCGACCUCCGUUGCUGCUGCUGCUGCUGCUGCUGACCCAAUGGAGAGAGAGAGGGAGAGAGGAGGGAAGGAGAGUAGAAGAGCCGGUGGUGCAGCUGCCGCUGGUGCUGGUGGUGGUGGUGGUGGAUCUCGGGACUGGAGGGGUGUGAACAGACAUGCUGCUGGGGUUGGUGUUUCUUCUGCUGCUUCUGCUGCUGCUGCAGCCGCCAAUGCUGCUGCUGCACGUGUGGAUGUGGAAGGCAGCGUGACAUGGUUGGACAGAGCGGGCUCGAAAACAGCCGUGGCAGCUGCUGCAGGUGUGGCAGGCGUGGUGGGCAUGGGGAGCACGGAGGCAAGGCAAGAGGUAUGUGUGGCCUCCCUAUCUGCCCCUCUGCCUGGGACUGUUGAGGCGACUCGCAAGCUCUCUGGCUUUCCAGCUGCACCCGUGGUUGCUUCUGCUGCUGCUAAUGUCAGAACAGCAGCCAGUGCAACAUCUAGAGCAGCAGCAGAAGUAGAAGAAGCCGCAGCAGCAGAGGCAGCCAUGGACGGGGUGGGAGGUGCAGUGAUGGCAUGGGCAGUGCGUGCAGUGCAGAGCGGUGUGGCGCCUCCCCCCCCUGCUGCUGUUCGCCGUGCUGCCUCGUUGCGGUCAAAGCGCUCCAGGCAUGGCACACAGCGCCACAAUGGAUGUGCAGAAGCGGCACCUGCCGCUGCUGCCACUGCAACCGCCGCACCAGGGGGGUGGAAGGAACAAGGCCGGAAAGGCGGAGCAGAAGCAACAGCAGCAGGAGGAGGAGUGGCAGCAGUGUCUGAAGGCGUGAGUGCGUGGGUGGGGAGCGUGACAGAAGGUGUUGGCACGGGGCUAGCACGGGACAGGGUGCCGGCAUGCGCGCGGUUGCACGACGACGAGGGCCCGUGCUGCGAUGAGACGCUACUGCAGGAGAUGCAGCUCCCCCUGUUCUUCCACUCCGGGCCCCCUCUACAGCACGUGCUCGCCCUUGGCUUGCCUCCUGGCGCCCUGCUGCCAUACGCCACUGCAGCUGUAGGAGAAGCAGGAGCAGGAGAGAGCAUGGGGGGAGGAGGAGAGUGGGAAAAGGCUGACGGGGGAGGAGGUUCUGGGGUUUCAGCACUGGAGGCAGAUGGGGGUUUUGUUAGCCGAACAGAGGCAGCGCACGCGGGCAGUACAGGUGAGGAGGGUCUUACCACCACCAGCACCACCACCAGCACCAUCAGCAGCACCAUCAGCAGCACCAGCAGCAGGAGGCCGUACGCUCAGCGUGUGUUCCGCACGGCCCGCUUCCCUCUCUCUCUCGGCGCAGUCGUGUCCGCCCUGUCAGACCACAUGAGCCCUUUGGCUCCCCCCGGCUCCAAUCUCGCCCUCACCGCUGCCACUGCCGCUGCGGCCGCCGUUGCAGCCGCUUCUGCCUCUGGUGUGACAGCUGCUCCUGUCUCCUCCUCCUCCCCUGUGCCCGUCGCCUCUCCCUGGAAACCCACCACUCCCCAGUUCUCGGAAUCCGCUCCGCAGCCUGAGCCCCCUGCAGCCCCUGCUGCUGCUGCUGCUACUGGCACCGCUGCUGCUGCCGCUGCUGCUCCUGCUGCUGCACAGUCCAGAGCAGAGCAGGACAUAUUUCUGCCACUGGGUGCGCAUGCGGCUGUGGCUGCUGCUGCACAACCCACAGUAGGCAGGGUGGCCGGAAUAGGGAGAGGAGUGGCAGUCAAGGGUGCGAGAGUGGUGGAGAGAAAUGUACCCAUGCAGGUGGAAACAGUUAAAGGCAGCAGUUCUGCUGCUAUCUCUGCCUCUGCUCCUUCGUCUUCUUCUGCUGCUGCUGCUGCUGCUGCUGGUAUUCGAGUGGGAGCAGGAGACGCAGCGAGUCAGAAGCAAGGGCACACACCAUGUCGCAGCAACCCCCUGGUAGUAGGGCAGCUGAAACCUGCAUCUCAUGUUGCUGCCUCCUCUACCAACACCACCACCAACAAGAACAACAGCAGCAACAUUAACCACGGCAGAAGCAGCAGCAGCGGAAGCAGCAGCGGCAGCUACAGCAACAGCAGAAGCAGUUUGCAGUCUCCAAACGCAAAACCCAAUCACUCCUCCCCUUUUGACCCAGAGGCCACUUCUGUUCCUUCACCCUCCCCUUGCCUUCCCCCCAAGAUCACGUUCCCCAUUCGUUCACCCCUCCUCUCCUCCCCCGCUCAUCCCACCGCCUCCCCCUCCUACUCGCCUCACCCCCCUCGCGCCCCUCCUCCCCCUGCUGUUGCUCUCUCCCCUCGCCGUGCGCAUGUGGGCGUGCAGGAGAGGGAAGGGGAGAGUGUGGGAGAAAUGGGAUGGGAGGGGCGGAAGGCGGUUGGUGCUGCUGCUGCUGCUGCUGGUACUGGUGCUGGUGCUGGUGUUGGUGCUGGUGCUGGUGCCGGUGCCAGUGCUGGUGCCGGUGCCAGUACUGGUGUUUUUCCUGCUGGCGUUUUGCUGUUGAGUGAACCCCCCCACCAGCACCAGCCGUCCCCUUCCUAUCCCCUCGUCCAACCGCACCCUCCUGCUCACAGCAACACCUCGCCCCCUCGGCCCUCCCCCCACAACCGGCUCUCCCACUCCUCCUCCUCGUCCUCCUCCUCCUCAAUCCCCCUGCGCACCAUCACUGCCCCUGCUUCUGCCACUCGCACUAUCUCUCCCAUCCGCCCUGCCAGCACCUCCAGUGCAGACAAGAGCCGCCCUGCCAGCAGCACCACCAGUGCUCAUAAGAACCAGCUGGCCAGCAGCACAACAGUGGUGGUGGUGGCAACUUUGGAGCAAGCGCAAGGGUCGGCUGGUGGUGCUGGUGCUCCUCCUUAUGGCGCGUCCCACUCCACUAGUGUUUCUCCUCCUCCCUGCACCGCCAAUGGUGCUGUUAUGGCCCCUGGGAUUGCCAAUGGUGCUGUGAAGUCUUCCCCUGGCAAGGCAGGGCGAGUGGUGUCGUCAGCGGUAGCGAGGACGGGAGGAGCCGACGCAAGCAGGCAAGGCCAGUCUUCUGCUGCUGCUUCUGCUGCUGCCUCUGCUCUUGCUUCUGCUCCUGCUGCUGCUUCCGGUGCUGCGGUUGUUACUGCUUCCCCUGGGGCUCCUCCUGGCGCUGCUGCUGGUGCUCCUGGUGGCGGAGACACAACAGCAGCAGCAAUAGCAACAGCAGCUGCAGCAGCAACAGCAACGGCAGCAGCAGCAAAUGUCGGAUCGUAUACGGAGAGGAGCGCUGAAAGCGGCGGGAGUAGAGACGAGAAUCCGCAGCAGCAGGGGAGUGCCGUGGGGGAAGGCUGGAGGAAGAAGAUCAGGGGGAACGUGCUGAGCCGGGGCAGUAUGAUGAAUGGACGGAGGGGAGGUAGGGGAGGGAUUGGGGGCCGCGGUGGCAAGAGCAGUGCAGCAGCAGCAGCAGCAGCAGCAGCAACGGGGCAUGGCGUGGGCGGUUUAGCUAGCAGCAAGGUCCCAGGGGUGGCGGGGACUGGGUCUGGGAGGCAACAUCCCCUGGCUGCUGCCCUUGGAGACUUCAGCUUGGAUCCAUGACUUGUGGGAUAGUUGGGCGAUGAGGGCGCUGUGAGCGCUGAGGGUGCUGAGGGCGCUGUGGUGUGCAUAGAAGAGCUCUGACUGAAGUUCAGCAGAAGUAAUUCAUACUGGUUUGCGUACUUUGACCACCUUGGGGCAACUAACCUUAAUCUGUACU